CCACUACAAUGCAGACCUGGAGCUUCCCUAGCUUGCAUCCAUCCAUGUAACCUUUGAGCUGAAGCAAAUCUGGCUCAACCUGCACCACCCCCCACUCUUCGACGCUCGCCUCUCGUCCAAAUUGCCAAGCAGCAACAUGGCAAAGGAAAAGAGAAAGAAGCCGCCGACCGGGUCGGAAGGCAAGACGAUCGUCUUUCUGCACCCGGAUCUGGGCAUCGGCGGCGCCGAGCGCCUGGUCGUGGACGCUGCCGUUGGCCUGCAGAAGCGCGGCCACCGAGUCGUCAUCUUCACGAGCCACUGCGACCCGAGUCACUGCUUCGACGAAGCCCGCGACGGCACUCUCGACGUCCGCGUCCGCGGCAACACCAUCGUGCCGCCGUCGAUCCUGUCGCGCUUCUCCAUCCUCUGCGCCAUCCUCCGCCAGAUACACCUCAUCCUGCAGAUCGCCAUCUUCUCGAGCGAGCUCGCCGACCUCCAGCCCGACGGCUUCUUCGUCGACCAGCUCAGCGCCGGCCUGCCGCUGCUGGCCGGCCUCUCGCCCCAGCUCAACUCCCCGCCGCCGCACAUACUCUUCUACUGCCACUUUCCGGACCUGCUGCUCGCGCAGGGCCGGCAAAAGUGGUGGAAGCGCCUGUACCGCGUGCCGUUUGAUCGGCUGGAGGAGUGGAGCAUGGGCUUCGCGGACGCAAUCGCCGUCAACUCGGGCUUCACCAAGGGCGUCGUCUCGCGCACCUGGCCCGCCCUCGCUGCCAAGACCGACCUCCAGGUGGUCUAUCCUUGCGUCGAUGUGCGCGUGCCGGGAGAGCCGCCCAAGGAGGGUCAGAGUGCAGCAGAGGGCAACAAGGAAGAUGUGACCUCCGAACUGGACUGGAAGGAAUCCAGGAUACUGCUCAGCAUCAACCGAUUCGAGCGCAAAAAGAAUGUCGCAUUGGCAAUCAAAGCCUACGCGGGUCUACCCAAGGAGAAGCGGGCGGGCGUAAAACUCGUCAUUGCGGGCGGCUACGACAACCGCGUACCCGAAAAUGUCUCCUACCAUACGGAGCUCACAAACCUGGCCGACUCGCUUGAUCUCCGUCACGGAACCACCAAGACGGUCGUCACAGCACUGGGUCUGGCACGUGAUCCUUCAAUCGACGUACUCUUCCUGCAGUCCGUCCCGUCAGCGCUCAAAACAGCACUCCUACGAUCGGCAAAGCUGCUGCUCUACACGCCAGCAGAGGAGCAUUUCGGCAUUGUGCCUCUGGAGGCGAUGCUGGCAGGCCUGCCCGUCCUUGCCUGCGACAGCGGUGGUCCCACCGAGACAGUACUGGAGGGCGUCACGGGCUGGCUGCGCUCACCCGAGAAGCCCGAGGAGUGGACCAAGGUGGUAGAUAUGGUCUUGAACGAACUCUCCGAUGAGCAAAAGGAUGAUAUGCGUGCUGCGGGUCCCAAGAGGGUCAAGGAGAAUUUCGCCGAGGAGCAAAUGGCGGAGCGGCUUGACAGGAUCUUUGAUGACAUGGAGCAGAGCGCUUCCGUGAGGCAAUCAGGAAGCGUACUGCUCAUAUCUUUUGGUCUGGUCUCCUUGGCAGUGGUUGCAUUUGUCGUUUCGCUUCUUAUGAAGUCCAUCGUUGGGUGAGGAUUCUCCCAAAUUCAGAUAGUGGACACAUAUUUGCAUGACAAGGGAUACAAUUGGGCAGGGGACAAGUGGGAUUUCUCGAGCACUUUGAGUGUUUUGAUACCCUGCGUAAAAUCCCAAGAAAUACCAUAUCAUGACAUCUGCAUCAGUGACGACUUAAUAUGGUCUCGAUGCGUAAUGACGCCCAUCAGGGUACCCAAGGUAUUAGAAAUGAAUGCAGGAUAGAUGUGUACGGAUGGAUAGACUUCCAGGAGCCGAGUCAGCGUUGGACAGUAGUAUAAAGUGGAGGUCGGUCCUCUCGCCCAGGUAACGCUACUCAAGUCCAAUACAUGUCUAUCAUAAGCAAUUCCUACUAUUUAUGUUAUCUAACUUCGGCCUAACUUUGCCAAACCAGCUGGUCGACCGUCUUCAUCAAUCACGUGUACGUUACUUGGAGC